AUGUUAAUUGACGAGCUAGAAAAGUGGGAAGAUACGGACUGGAGAGGAAUAGGCAACCGCGAGGCAUGGAAAGCACUGGUGAAUGUCCUGAGACAACGCUGCGCAAUAACGACCUUCCGAAAGGCCAAGAGCAAGAUCGAAAGGCAACUGAUGACUAAAGGACGGUCCACGGCUUGUCAGUGGGCGAGGAUCACAAGACCCCUCACAAUAAUACCCCAAACAGAGCCAUGCUUCAACCUGUCUGGUGUACGACUGAAAGGCCUUACCCAACGCUUAGCCUAUAGAAUGAUUAGAACUCGCAACCAUACGACAAGAGCAGCAACUGAACGUAACCUAAGUUCAAUAAUACCCGAGAUACGAAAACCGAACAGACGCGACACAUCAGCAGCAGAGCUAUGGACAAGCCUCAAGUCUAAAGACAUCCGGAAGACAAUAUCAGAUUAUCUAUGGAAAUGCAUACACAACGCACAUAGAGUGGGCUCGUUCUGGGAGAAUAUCCCGGGAUAUGAAGAUCGAUCGAAAUGUUCAUUCUGCGAUGAGACAGAAUCAAUGCGACAUAUACUAAUAGAAUGUCAAGCUCCCGGUAGAGACACAAUAUGGGACUUAGCUGGGUCGAUAUGGAGGAACAAGCAAGCGGAAUGGAUUCGACCAAGCUACGAGGAGAUACUAGGGAUGGGUCUACAAGAGUGGUUUACACGCAAGAACAAACGAAGACCGUUAGCAGAAAGGUUCUGGAGAAUCCUAAUCUCAGAAUCAACGUACCUCAUCUGGUGCCUGAGAUGUGAAAGAACAAUAGGACAUGAAUCAGACCCAGGAUGGGUCCACUCCGAGAAAGAGAUCGUAGCACGGUGGACGACAUUAAUGAACAGACGUCUACAUUUAGACAUGACGAUGACACACCACAGGUUUGGCAGACAAGCGCUUAGGAAAGACCUAGUCCUCGGAACAUGGAGAGGAACGUUAUUCGACGAGCAUGCUCUCCCAGAUGAUUGGACGAGUAUAGAUAGGGUUUUAGUGGGUAUUACACCCUUCGUAAGCGAUGCUAGAGGCGAAGGUUAA